AUGGAGGAAAGCUUGUUCAUAAAUCUUGAAGGGAAUAAAAUCCUCCUGCAAUUUAUUAAAGAAUAUGAACAGAGGAUGGAAGGAGAAAACUCCACCACUGUUGUUUUAUCUGAGGAGUGUCAACAGGAGAGGCCCCAAUUAAGGGGAGACGCAAAUGAACAGAAUGGAUUUACGAAACCAAUGGAGCAUCACAGAUCAAAUGAGGGAAAAACAAAAGGAGGAAAAAAAAAUUUGUUCAUGUCUGAAAAUGACAAACUGCACCUCCUGCAGUGUCUUGGCAGAGCCAGUUUCACCAAGGAAGGAACAUUGGAUGGUUGUAAAAAAAAAGAAAAUGUUUUUCGCUACCAUUCCUUUUGUAUAAAUGGCGGGGACAAGGUGGCCAUGCAAAGGGGAAGUCAUGCCUCGUCGCAGAAACUAAACACGGCCCGGGGGGGACCCAACAGGACGGCCAACAAGUGGCUCAGGUCGCAGCAGAAGAGCGUCAAGCUUGUGUCAAAUAAAGCCUCACCGGAGAAGCUGCGGGAAGAGUUGCGGGAAACGCAAACAUAUGAAGAGGAUAACACUGAGAAGCAAUUACACCCGUCGCGCCCCCCCAGCACAAAAGACAUAGCAGGACAACCACGUCGCUACUCACAACUCUACAAGAAAGACCAACACACACUAGCGUCCCCCAAUGGUUCAGAAAAAAGAAAAAAAAACAGACAGGAUAUUCUUCAUUUUCGUCAAAACAAUAAUUCCUCCCGGUCAGUACAAAUCUCAAAAGGAAAAAAAAAAGAAAAAAAUGAUUUUAAAAAUGAUUAUUCGAUAGGCGUAACACCUGCUGCUGUACAUGCAAAGAAGAGCUCUCCUAAUUUGUGUCCCCCGGGUGGAAAUCCUUCAAGGACUACAGCUGUGCACUCAGCUGAAUGGGUAAAGAAGGAGGGCAUGAAGAACACGAUGAAUCGAGCAAGAGAGGGACUCACUAGAGGGGCAGGGUUGAAACUUCGAAGGGGCCGUGCUCUCGUUGGUAAGGCAAACUUGGUUGGCGGCCACCUCAGCAGAUGUGGUAGUUACACCCGAAGCGGACCUCAUCGAGGUAAGAAGAACCCCACCAAAUGGGAGGCACCAAGUGAGGGAGGGAAGGAACAUCAGCUUUCUUCAGAUGAACAAAAUAAACACACGACUACGUCACACGUGGAGAUGAAUCAUUCGUUUGAAAAUUCCCUCAUCCUGACUGUAUCAUCCACGUCACCCACGUCACGCACGCCACCCACUUCACGUGUGUUAUCUCCUUCUUCCUCCUCCUCCUCCUCCACCUGCAAUGUAAUUUAUUCUGUCUCUUCAUACGACAAGGAGGGAACGAGAAAAAGUUCCACGGUUGUGAGGUGUGCAGGGGAUGUCCGCAAGGGGGGACACACAAAGGGGAGGACACGUCAUUGUACACUUGGCAGGGGAGAACCGGUGAAGGUGAAUAAAAAUAUUUCUCGUUUUGUCCCUCCUUGUGAAAUGAAUACUCAGGAGGAGGAAUUUUUCAGACGUGACAACAAAGGGGGGGAGACAAGAAGGCAGAACGAACCACUCGAUCAUGCGGGGCGGAGUGAUGAGGACUUGCAGACUGUGAGAAGGAAAAAAGGAAAAGGAAAGUUCGAGGGGAAGAGGAAACAAAAGACCAUCCCGAGUCAUGGAAUGGGUGACAAAAUAUACGCGAGUGAGAAAAUCGACUCGGUGGAGGAAAUGUGCCACAUCGUUAGGUACAAAAAAACCCUCACCAAAAUGAAGAAAAAAAUUUUAAACAGGACAAAAAAAAUUAGGGAGGUCCAUCAGGGCAGGGUAGCAGAAGCAGAGGCAUGGAGAGUGGCAGGAGGGCACCCCCGCAGAGGAGAGUUUGCGCAGUUUGUUAAGCGAGCCAAGAGAGUGCUCGAGGAUCGCCAGGAACGAUCAACCAGGGGGCAGGCACCUAUGCCAGGUGGAAGAGAUAAGACAAAGAGAACAGGCGAUGCUGAGUCUUACCAACGCGAAGACACCUGCGAGCUAUUCUUACGCACAAGCAAAAACGAAGCGCUGCUCAGAAGAUACAUGGACAGGAAAAAAAAUCUUAUGAACCACAUGAAAACGUAUAUUUUGAUUCACCAAAGGAAACACCAGAAAGAGUGUUCACAUGAAAGGAGAGGAGCAAGCAAGGGGAAGGAGAAACAUCACAGUGUGGUUGAAAAGGAGGUGGACUCAGAGGAGAGGAAGAAAAACGAAAGGAUAGACCAACCGGGGGUGGAAGUGAAGGAAGGGGAGUGUUCUCACAUGAUUAAUGCACCCCAUGGAGAACACCUACAAAUGGUUGUUACUCCAAUGUUAAGCGAAACUGAGCAGAGGAGUCCCCACGGGUACCACCCCGAGAAGACAGACGCAUUGGAAAAGCAGCCAUGCGUGGAGGCACACGAAAAUGAAAAAAAUGAACAGGAAGGGAAAUUGAAAAAAAGUGAAAUGAACCUUGAACAUGAUAAGGGUCACGUUAAAAAAAGUAUCUUAGGUAAUGGUGCAUUUGAAGAGAAGCUGGUUCAUGCUGGACGGUUCUCUUGCGAACGAAUGAAGGAGUUCCUCAACGGAAGCGACGUCACCACGAAGGAAGUUGUAACGACACAUGGAUGGAAGGGUGCCCAUGGGAACAGCUCACUCUGCCCGUCCCAUUUUAAUACCCUAACAAAAGCAAAGCACAAAAUUAAUGCCAUGAAGAGCGGCAAAAUGUUCCUAUGCUCCAGUGAGAACACGGGGCCACGUCAGGGGCACCUGCGCGAGGUUCGACUCAAAAACGGGACAGACGUGCGGCUUGCAACGAACCUUAAGACAGACCUAUUGGACAACUGCGCGGCCCUUGUUGCCUUUGUGAGGAGCCAACUGAGGAGGGUAAAUUCAGCAAUCACGGGGAGACGCUUUGCCCUCGGGGGAUGCUUCACCGAAACCACCCCUCCAACGAAAUGCGCUACCACAAAAAGGGUAACCACACGUAACCAGCUGCGCAGUUUGAGGAGAAACGUCAAGGGGCAUCUCGAGAAGCUGCGAAGAACGAAGAUUGUAUCAUUCAUCCUUUCGGUCCUCCGUGAAAAAAGCGAUUCCUCGUGCACACCGACUUGUAGUGAAAAGCCCUGA